AGGCAGAAAGCGUGGUCCGACUACAACCGGCCUUUAAAGAUCCAUCAUUGUUCGUUGACAGAUCCUGCGAGCCGCUUUCCUUCACGGUGACCGGUUCACGGUUGCCACCGGCUGAUUUGUUUUCGUUCGCCUUUUCUUUUGAUAAGAUGUCUCUUCUUUUGUCACUAUGUUCUGGUCUUGAGAAUUAUCGCAUUCUGAGGAGUUGCCUCGAUCGUGCGUUCAUGAUUGCCUGCUGUGAUUUCCGGUUUUGAUUUCCUUUUGUGAUGCUUGUGAAGGCCCGCUCCGUUCUGUGCUACCGCUGUUCUGGGAUCAUACACUUUUGUUGCUCUUGAUGCGACUGGUGCAUAUGAUUUCGGGAACGUAGAGUUCGUCCAUGUUUGGUGCAAGGUCUCUGCCUUGCGACGUAUCUGACAAGGUAGUGGAGACUCCAAGAUUUUGGCUGUAUAAGAAUCAAUAAUUGAUCCAAGAAGCAAGAAGACUGUGACAGACUUCACACGCCAUGGUUGCUCUUGAAGAUGCUUGGAUGGCCUUCUGUGGUGAUUCUGCUUCUGCCGAUCAAGAUGGCGGUUCUUUCGGAUUUGGCGAACUAUUCUACUCUUCUUCAUGCAUGAACCACAUGUUCGUCAGUUUUGUCGAUGCGAUCCUCAUCAUCGCGUUCCUGCUCAACUUUGUCUGCAAAGUCUCAAGCAGAUCAGUCGACGCUCGACCGCUCUUCGGUCUGUCUUCUUCGUUACGAAUAACCGCUGCUGUGUUCAACUCUUUGCUGGGGUUGGUCUAUUUGGGCCAUGGAUUGUGGAUGCUGGUCGGCAAUCAAAGGACUGGCAUGGAUGGUGUGCACCCUGCACAUCAGUGGCUACUUGUUUUGUCGCAGGGCUUUUGUUCGGUGCUCGUCGUUUUGAUUGUUAGCGUCAGGCGCACACGAUUUGGACACACAUUCAUUAGGAUCUGGUCUCUCGCUGCUUCAUUCUCCACUGGAUUUGUAUGCUUUUCGUCCGUUCUAGCGGUCCUCGCAGAGAAAAAAGCAUCUUUUCUGAUUUGUGUGGAUAUCUUAUCCUUACCAGGAGCUGUUCUGCUGCUACUUUGCACCUUUAAAGGGUACCAGGCAGAUGGUUACGAAGCAGCUGACGGAUCUCUGUAUGAACCUCUCAAAGGUGAAUCCAACCCCAGUGAAGAAAAUUCAGAUGAAUCUGUGACUCCUUUCGCAAAAGCUGGAUUCUUUAGUAGGAUGUCAUUCUGGUGGUUGAACCCUUUGAUGAAGAAGGGGUAUCAAAGGCCCCUGGAGGAAAAGGAUAUCCCUCAGCUUGGAAAGGUAGAUCGAGCUGAGACUUGUUACUUGCUGUUUCUGGAGCAGCUAAAUAGACAGAAGGAGAGGCGACAAACCAGUUCGCCCUCGAUAUUGUGGGCUAUAGUUUCUUGCUUUCAGAAGGAGAUCUUAGUGUCUGGGUUUUUCGCAUUGCUUAAGAUACUGACACUAUCGGCUGGUCCACUGCUUCUCAAUGCCUUCAUCAAGGUGUCAUUAGGGAACGAGGUCUUCAAGCACGAAGGUUAUGUGCUGGCCUUUGGAAUGUUCUUGGCCAAAUGUUUGGAGUCAUUGUCCCAAAGACAGUGGUACUUUCGCACCAGAAGGAUAGGACUGCAAGUGCGGUCUUUGUUAUCAGCGGCUAUUUAUCAGAAGCAGUUGAAGCUGUCAAACUCGGCUAAAUUGGAUCAUUCCUCCGGGGAGAUAAUGAACUAUGUUACAGUGGAUGCCUAUAGGAUUGGGGAGUUCCCAUUUUGGUUUCAUCAAACGUGGACUACAAGCCUCCAACUCUGCAUUGCUUUGGUAAUUCUCUACCAUGCAGUAGGCCUUGCAACGAUUUCGGCGAUGGUUGUGAUUGUCCUCACCGUGCUUUGCAAUGCUCCCCUGGCAAAGCUACAACAUAAGUUUCAGACGAGGCUAAUGGAAGCUCAGGAUAUCAGGCUGAAGGCUGUAUCAGAAGCCUUGGUGAACAUGAAGGUGCUGAAGCUGUAUGCUUGGGAAACACACUUCAAGAAGGUGAUCGAAGGUCUGAGGGAAACCGAAUGCAAGUGGCUGUCGGCAUUUCAGCUUCGGAGAGCAUACAAUAGCUUCCUCUUUUGGACGUCCCCUGUACUUGUGUCAGCGGCUGCGUUUUCCACAUGCUAUUUUCUUCACAUUCCUCUUAAUCCUAGCAAUGUCUUCACCUUUGUGGCGACGUUGCGUCUCGUCCAAGACCCAGUGAGACAAAUACCUGAUGUGAUUGGUGUUGUGAUUCAAGCUAAGGUUGCCUUUGCGCGAAUACUCAAGUUUCUGGAUGCACCUGAGCUACAAAGCCACCAACUAAGAAACUUUUCCCAGGCCAACGUCGAGCACCCAGUUGCGAUCGAGGCUGGAAGCUUUUCUUGGGAGGAGAACACGAUGAAGCCAACGCUUAGGGGUAUUAACUUGGUGGUUAAGGCUAAGGAGAAGGUGGCAAUUUGCGGUGAAGUUGGCUCAGGAAAGUCAACUCUCUUGGCUGCUAUUUUGAGAGAGAUCCCAAAGACAGAGGGAAUGAUUCAAGUUUCAGGAAAAAUUGCAUAUGUUUCUCAAACAGCAUGGAUACAAACAGGAAGCAUACAAGACAACAUUCUGUUCGGAUCAGCUAUGGAUCAGCAAAAAUACCAGAGGACACUAGAAAAGUGCUCUCUGGUAAAGGAUAUCGAAAUGCUGCCAUUUGGAGAUCUCACUGAAAUAGGAGAAAGAGGUGUCAAUCUCAGUGGUGGUCAGAAGCAGCGCAUUCAACUUGCCCGUGCACUCUAUCAAGAUGCUGACAUAUACCUCUUGGAUGAUCCUUUUAGUGCUGUUGAUGCCCACACAGCUACCAGUCUAUUUAAUGAAUAUGUUAUGGGUGCUCUGGCAGAGAAAACAGUUCUUCUGGUCACUCACCAAGUCGAUUUCCUUCCAGUUUUUGACUCAAUUUUGUUGAUGUCGGAUGGGGAAGUUCGUAGUGCUGCUCCUUACAACGAGCUAUUGGCUUCUAGCAAAGCAUUUGAAGACCUUGUUAGUGCACACAAGGACACGGUCGGUCCCGGAAGACUCGAAGGUGUUGGUUCGCAGAGACAAAGCAAGACAUCUGCAAGAGAGAUCAACAGUAGCAAGAAACAAGAAAUGGUGAAACCAUCAGGACGAGAUCAACUGAUAAAGAAGGAGGAGAAAGAAAGUGGUGAUACGGGUCUUAAGCCUUACAAACAGUAUCUGGGCCAGAACAAGGGGUACCUGUAUGCCUCGAUAUCAGCUCUUUCUCAUUUGAUCUUUGUAGCUGGCCAGAUCUCGCAGAAUUCAUGGAUGGCUGCCAAGGUUCAAGAUCCUCAAGUCAGCAUGUUUCUACUAAUCGUGGUGUACUUGUCAAUUGGGUUCAGCACCGUCCUCUUCUUGCUAAGUAGAUCCAUUUUUGUAGUGGUUCUCGGUAUCCAGUCUUCCAAGUCAUUGUUCUUCGAGCUCAUGAACUCGCUGUUCCGUGCUCCAAUGUCAUUUUUCGACUCCACGCCCAUUGGAAGGAUUCUAAGUCGGGUUUCAUCCGACUUGAGUCUGGUUGAUCUCGAUGUUCCAUUUAGCUUCAUCUUCAGCGUCAGUGCUACACUGAACGCAUACAGCAAUCUUGCAGUACUCGCUUUUGUGACAUGGCCAGUUUUAUUUGUUUCCAUACCAAUGGUCUACCUCACCAUUCGAUUGCAGAGGUACUACUUGGUUUCUGCUAAGGAGUUGAUGCGCAUUAAUGGAACCACAAAGUCUCUGGUGGCGAAUCAUCUGGCUGAGUCCAUAUCUGGAGCAACAACAAUAAGGGCUUUUGAGGAGGAAGAUCGAUUCUUUUCCAAAAGUUUGGAGCUCAUCGACAAAAAUGCGAGUCCCUUCUUCCAUAAUUUUGCUGCCAGUGAGUGGUUGAUUCAACGAUUAGAGACUAUGAGUGCUGCCAUCGUUUCUUCAUCGGCACUCAUCAUGGCUUUGCUUCCUCCAGGAACUUUUAGCUCCGGUUUUGUUGGAAUGGCACUGUCUUAUGGUCUUUCUUUGAACAUGUCGCUGGUCUUCUCUAUCCAAAACCAGUGCACUCUAGCAAAUCACAUCAUAUCAGUAGAAAGGCUGAAUCAAUACAUGCAUGUCAGCAGUGAGGCCCCAGAAAUCGUUCGAGGCAAUCGGCCGCCAUCCGAUUGGCCCGCUAUUGGUAGAGUAGAACUUCGUGAUUUGAAGAUCAGAUACAGGCCUGAGGCACCCCUUGUACUCCGCGGAAUCAGCUGUACGUUCGAAGGGGGCAACAAGAUUGGGAUAGUUGGAAGGACGGGAAGUGGUAAGACAACUCUGAUAGGUGCAUUGUUUCGUCUCGUUGAGCCCGCAGGAGGAAGAAUCACCAUUGACGCUCUUGAUAUCGCCACGAUUGGGCUACAUGAUCUGAGGUCACGUCUCGGAAUCAUCCCUCAGGAUCCAACCCUCUUUCAUGGUUCUGUCAGAUACAAUUUGGAUCCUUUGGGACAGUAUACGGAUCAGCAGAUCUGGGAGGUUCUCGACAAGUGCCAGCUACAGGAAGCUGUUCAAGAGAAACACAAGGGGUUGGAUUCACUAGUGGUUGAAGAUGGAUCGAAUUGGAGCAUGGGGCAAAGACAAUUGUUUUGCCUGGGACGUGCACUUCUAAGGAGGAGUCGCAUACUAGUGCUCGAUGAAGCCACGGCAUCCAUCGACAAUGCCACCGAUGCCAUUCUUCAGAAGACCAUAAGAACCGAGUUUGCAGAUUGCACAGUCAUCACGGUUGCUCAUCGCAUCCCAACUGUGAUGGACUGCAACAUGGUGCUUGCUAUCAGUGAUGGAAAAUUGGAGGAGUAUGAUGAACCCAUGAAACUGAUGGAAAGAGAGGGAUCGCUCUUCGGGUCGCUCGUCAAGGAGUACUGGUCACAUGCUGCAAAUGCAACCAUCCAAUUCACGGACUCGCACUGAAGAAUCCGAAUCCCUUCGUGACUCUCAGCUUCCUCCACUGGAUAUAGCUAAAAGAGACGUGCAAAUUUAUAUCGAGAUGUAACAUCUUGUCUCGUUGGUUUGACUGCUUUGGGAACAUCAAGAGUCGUAAACGUGAAACCCCAUGGUGUCACAAAGUUGUUAAUGCAUGUAAAUGAUGGUCGAUUUCAGGGCAACUUUGUGAUCUUUAGUGCUCGUUAACAAUUGUUGUAUCAGAUAUGAUCAUCAAUGUCAAACAACCAAUCAAUAUAUACGGUCCAAUCUGUCAUUAAA